GGAGACUGGCUAGGCCACUCCAGGACCUUGAAAUGCUUCUUACGAACUCACUCCUUCGUUGCCCGGGCGGUGUGUUUGGGAUCAUUGUCAUGCUGAAAGACCCAGCCACAUUUCAUCUUCAAUGCCCUUGCUGAUGGAAGGAGGUUUUCACUCAAAAUCUCACGAUACAUGGCCCCAUUCAUUCUUUCCUUUACACGGAUCAGUCGUCCUGGUCCCUUUGCAGAAAAACAGCCCCAAAGCAUGAUGUUUCCACCCCCAUGCUUCACAGUAGGUAUGGUGUUCUUUGGAUGCAACUCAGCAUUCUUUGUCCUCCAAACAUGACGAGUUGAGUUUUUACCAAAAAGUUCUAUUUUGGUUUCAUCUGACCAUAUGACAUUAUCCCAAUCCUCUUCUGGAUCAUCCAAAUGCACUCUAGCAAACUUCAGACGGGCCUGGACAUGUACUGCCUUAAGCAGGGGGACACGUCUAGCACUGCAGGAUUUGAGUCCCUGGCGGCGUAGUGUGUUACUGAUGGUAGGCUUUGUUACUUUGGUCCCAGCUCUCUGCAGGUCAUUCACUAGGUCCCCCCGUGUGGUUCUGGGAUUUUUGCUCACCGUUCUUGUGAUCAUUUUUACCCCACGGGGUGAGAUCUUGCGUGGAGCCCCAGAUCGAGGGAGAUUAUCAGUGGUCGUGUAUGUCUUCCAUUUCCUAAUAAUUGCUCCCACAGUUGAUUUCUUCAAACCAAGCUGCUUACCUAUUGCAGAUUCAGUCUUCCCAGCCUGGUGCAGGUCUACAAUUUUGUUUCUGGUGUCCUUUGACAGCUCUUUGGUCUUGGCCAUAGUGGAGUUUGGAGUGUGACGGUUUGAGGUUGUGGACAGGUGUCUUUUAUACUGAUAACAAGUUCAAACAGGGGCCAUUAAUACAGGUAACGAGUGGAGGACAGAGGAGCCUCUUAAAGAAGAAGUUACAGGUCUGUGAGAGCCAGAAAUCUUGCUUGUUUGUAGGUGACCAAAUACUUAUUUUCCACCAUAAUUUGCAAAUAAAUUCAUAAAAAAUCCUACAAUGUGAUUUUCUGGAUAUUUUUUUUUCUAAAUUUGUCUGUCAUAGUUGACGUGUACCUUUGAUGAAAAUUACAGGCCUCUCUCAUCUUUUUAAGUGGGAGAACUUGCACAAUUGGUGGCUGACUAAAUACUUUUUUCCCCCACUGUAUAUAGGAUACUGCACAUUACACACGACAGAAAAACAUAAAAGCCCAUAGAUGUAGCUAGCGAUUUGCUCUCUUGGGUAAAUAAAUUAAACUAGCUCCAGUAGGCUAAUCUUUUUGAGUGUGAACUGUAUUACUGUACUGUAUUGUACUAUACCAGUGGAGGCUGCUGAGGGGAACGGCUCAUAAUAAUGGCUGGAAUGGAGUGAAUGGAAUGGUUUCAAAAACAUGGUUUUCAUGGGUUUGAUACCAUUCCAUUCACCCCAUUCCAUCCAUUAUACUCCAUUCCAACCAUUAUUAUGAACCGUUCUCCCCUCAGCAGCCUCCACUGUACUUAACUAUAUUAUAUGGACUGGAAUUAUGCACAUCGUUCAAACCAUGAUAAAGCAGGGAGAGAACAUUUGAUUCUGGUGCAGCACAUGGGGCCUACAAAGUUACAAGUAUAGGCUAGUGAAUUAGAUUUUAAUGUGAAAUAUAAUAGGGCCUAUUUGUAUAACUAGUAGGCUGACUCAUAUAUAGCCUAACUAUCAUAGUAUUUCCCCUAAUGUUAUUAGCCUACCUCCUCUUUCUCUCUCUGUUGUUGCUUCGUUCCUUCCUCGCUUUCAACAGUUAAAUGAAAUAAGUUUCAUUGUCCUUAUCUUCAUCAUUAUAAUGACAUCCUUGAAUAAUAUAGGACUAGAAUUAGAUGCAGAACGCUUUCACUUCUCUUCACGAAGAUUGAAUGGUUUUGGGUCUGAAUAAAUAACUGCUAUAGCCUACCGCCAUCGUGCGUUCGCUCUUCUUUCAAACUAUCCAUGAGUUCUAUUGGCUGCUGUAUUUAACAUUCAGCAAAAAAGAGCUUUCGUCCCUCUUCGAAUAGUCUAUUGGUAUAAGAAAUGCUAAAAAAAAUAAUGUCCAGCAAGCUAUUCUAGUCUAGCUUUUCCUGCAUGGUACUCCAAGAGCUAAGGAGCAUUUUUUUAAGGAGAGGCCAGUGGAGCACAGGUGCUUGCGUAUUGUGCAAGAGACAGAGGCUACAAGUUAGAAGCUUAUUAUGCAUAACCCAUCAUUAAUUAGCUAAAUAUAAGUCUAAUACUGCAUUGAAUGUAUUACCUGAAAUAGGUAGGCUAGGACAUCAAUAUAUAGGGCUAUAUAUCAAUCUAGAACAGGAUGAUCUAUUUUGGAUGCAAUUUGAAUGGAGUUUAGACUGCGAGAGAGUGCUCGCAUGUGCACUGAUUUAAAGCAAUGAUAUUCGACUGAUAGGCUGUUUUAACACUCUGCACCUGCAAUAAAUAAAAUAAAAAAUCUUUACAAUUAAAUAACAAGGUGACCCCCGAAAGCCCGAUGACACACAUUCGGUCUUUAUAUUACCGUAGCAUAGGCUAUGCCGCAGCAAAUGUAGGCCUACCUGUCACAAAAAAAAAGUUACCAUGAUGAGAUUAUAGGUCUACAUGCAUUGUGAACUGCGGUCCAUACUGAGAUGGGUUGUCUGUCCCCACCCUGAGCGUUGAUUCAUCAUGCAGAGGCCGUAGAGAAGCCCGAUUUAGACAUUACAUAUAAUUUAACAGAUCCAUUUCACGCCAUGCUGUUCAUGCUGUUCAUUUAAAUAAUGUAUUAUAAUUUACAGGUUUCUCACAGUUAUUUAUCCCGGGAAAAGGGAGUGGUUUUGGGCGGUAGAUCCCAGUAAAUCUCGGUAACCGGGUUCCUGCCAUUCAGCACAACCCUAAUGGGGACCAGGUUCAUUCCAGUCAACCCAUUUACAGCUAUUUAUUUCCUUUGCUCUUUCUCUGCAAUCUUCAAAGCCUCAACGCAAUGUGUAUGCAAAUCACAGGCAGCCAGAGCACUAGGAUAUUAUAGUCAAUCUCAGAGGCGCUGUUUUGCUUUGUAAGCACUAAACACCCCACCAGGGCCGGGGCAGGAUAGAAACCAGGCUCCUGGAGAAUGGGAUUAGAAGUGAGGGAGAGGGGGAGAGGGAGCGAUAUAUGAAAUAAUGGGAUGGAGGGAUGGAGUUGGGGAACUUGAAAGGAUGGAUUGAGCUGUGCUUUCCAUCCCUCUGUCCUUGUGGCCGAGAGACGAGGAAGAGGAGAGAAAAAAUAGAGGAAAAAAGGGGGGAACGUUUCAGGACGAUAGAUGUUCCUUGUGUGUGUGACACACUGUAAAGUCUUGGGUCUAAGGUCCAGGACAAUGUUGGGACACUAAAAUGUUUCCGAAUCUGAAUCUGGCUGGGUCUACUCCAGCCUCUGAUUCUGAUCGUAUACAAUCUUAUUAUCUUCUGUUGAGGAUAGUGUGCCAGAAGGAAGAUUAUUUAAAAUACACUACUUUGAACAUGUUGAUUGUGUGUGUGUGUGUGUGUGUGUGUGUGUGUGUGUGUGUGUGUGUGUGUGUGUGUGUGUGUGUGUGUGUGUGUGUGUGUGUGUGUGUGUGUGUGUGAAUGUGUGGGUGUGUGUGGGUGUGGGUGUGUGUGUGCGUGUGUGCGUGCGUGCGUGCGUGUUUGUAUGUGUGUGUGUGUGCAUACUCUCAAAUACAAUUAGUGUAUUUACUCUGAAACUCUCAAAUGAAGGAAAUACAUUUUCCUUUCUCUUCACAUCCAUUAUCUAGUAGCAUGUCCUGACUUGCCAUAAGACUUAGUCCAGUGUCCUCACUGGUUUCCUGGUGAUGUGUUAAGGGAGAUAAAGUGUUGUUCUCCUCUGCCCUCAGUACACAUUCUACUAAGGGAACUGUCUCUCCUCCUUAAUGGUUUUUAAUUAAUCAUUCAUACAUUGUGAAUGCAAUGCAGUGCCUUUGCUUGGUCCAAACUGCAUAUUUAAAUAUACAACCUCAAACUUCAAUUGUAUUUGCCAUAUAUAACUACAUUGGAGGUCCUACUCACCAGAGCACUCAAUAUUUUUAAAAAGAGCAUUAAACACAUUUACAUUUUAGUAAUUUAGCAGACACUCUUAUCCAGAGUGACUUACAGUUAGUGCAUUCAUCUUAAGAUAGCUAGGUGGGACAAACACAGUCAUAGUAAGUUUUUACACAAUAAAGUUGUUAUCUGCAAAGUCAGUGCUACUGGGAAAAGACAAGACACAAGUUUAAAAAAGUAUUAUUAUUAAAAAAGUUAUUUAGUGAGUUAGUUACUACGUUGUAAAUAUAUCAUACUGAUGAGGAUGCCAAACCUUUGGUAGGCUUGCUGGCAACACCAGUUGUUUUAACACAUCACUUGUUUUUCAAGGCACAGUUGCCUCGCCAUCAGCCAUGACGUCAGGGACUCAGUUAGAUGUCCCUCUUUAGAGAAUCUCCAUUGGUCGGUUUUCAUUUUUUUCACAGUUAGCCAUUAGGCAGCAAUAAAUCCUUCGGAUGCCCCUCUUACAAAAAUCACAGUCCUUAUUUCCUCCUUCUGGCCGGGACUUAGCUUCUAUUCUCAGCUUUGUCAAGACACUUCCCUCCCUGCCUCACAGUCACAGUUACAUGGCUCAAACUAGCAUCUUGAAUAAUGUUUACUUCAUGGUUACAAUUCAUUUGAUUGAGGUGUUUUUGUGAUUACUAUAAUUUUUCCCCCAACAUCAUUAUUUACAAUUAAUUUGAUUGAGGUCAGACACAACAGAAUAAGGUUUGAAAUGCCAUUUACCAUUACUAAACAAGAUGGAGUUUGUUUCUCUGUUCUUACCCUUAUGUAGCGCCAAGCCAGGCCAGCAUUGGGGUGGAGCUUUACUGCCACCUAGUGACAUUGUUAUUAAUAGCACACUCAUAGAAAAACUAUGACUAGAAUGGGAUUCCCAUUCAAAACAAUGUUCAGUGAUUUCUGCAAUUCUAUUUCUAUGAGCAACACGUAGGUAGAUGAGGUGUUGUGUUACACUAAUUAUGCGACAAACAUCUUGAGGUGGUGUUGUAUGGGUCAUUAAAUAUGUUUUGUUUUGUAAGUAUUAUUUUACUCCAUCCUCUCUCUCUCCCCCCCAUUCCCACACACACCCUGUAACUGCACUAACUCUGAAUUCUCUUCUCCCCGUCUCGAGGUGUGUGUGUGUUAACCGCUGUUUGGGCUGUCCUACAGGCAAGGGUCCAGAGACCAUAUUUGCUGGUCAGAACCUGAAUGAUAAUGAGUGGCACACGGUGCGUGUGUUCAGAAGGGGAAAGAGUUUGAAACUCACCGUAGAUGAUCUUCAACCUGUAGAAGGUACAACCUCCCUCUCUCUAAUUCAAUGACUAUGUUAUAUAUGAGUGUGAUACUUUUCAGGACAGUCCUUGGGCCCCUUGUAGGUAAGACACACAGUUUGAUUAUGGACUAGGUCAGACAAAGUUGGAUCUAGUCCAUAAUGUCUGAUAUACAUAAUGUCUCAAUCCUUUUGGGGCUAGUUUCCCAGACAGAGAUUAAAACUAGUCUUGGACUAGAAAUAUAUUUCAAUGAAUAUUCUCCAUUGAGCAUGCUUUGUAGUACAAGAUUAGUCUUAAUCUGUGCUGGGAAGCCGGCCCUUUGUGUAUAAACCCAUUGUAUUUCACAUACCUUUCAACUAGUGGACAUGUGUGGCUCCAGACCUUUUGGAGGUGAGAGUGACAUGUGUCCUGCUGGAGACAUGAAUGACCUCCCUCCACCCAUGUCUUUCCCCCCUCUCACCCUCCCUCCUAUCAAUCAAAAGGUCAAAUGGCAGGUGACCACACCCAGUUGGAGUUUCACAACAUUGAGACGGGUAUCGUGACGGAGAAAAGGUUCAUGGCCAUGGUGCCUUCCAACUUCAUAGGCCACCUCCAGAGCCUCUCCUUCAACGGCAUGGCCUAUAUAGGUAUGUAGCCCAGAGGUUAGAGAGGUGGACCAGUAACCGGAAGGUCAAUGGUUCAGGUCUUGGGCUGGCUGAUGAAAAAGUGGGGACUGAACUGGCUGCUGGAGGUCUGCUUGUGUCAGAUCAUUAAUACUACUAAUGUUGUAAUCUUGAGCAGGGCUCUUAACCCCAGAGGGGUGUGUGUGAGAAAAAAAUAGAUAAAUAAAGGAUAUAUUCUAUUUUUUCUAUAGACCUGUGUAAGAACGGCGACAUUGACUACUGCGAGCUCAAUGCCAUGAUCGGCUUCAAGAACAUCAUUGCUGACCCGGUCACGUUCAAGUCACGGUCGAGCUAUUUGGCUCUGACCACCCUCCAGGCCUACUACUCAAUGCACCUGUUCUUCCAGUUCAAGACCACCUCGUCAGAUGGACUCAUACUGUUCAACAGCGGGGACGGAAACGACUUCAUCGUGGUCGAGCUGGUCAAGGGGUAGGUUGUCAAGACAUACUGUAGGUUAGUAACUAAUAUUGAAGGCUUGGGCAGGUUGUGUGUGUUUGGGAUUUUGGAGUGUGUGUGCGUGUGUGUGUGUGUGUGUGUGGGCGUGUUCGCGUGUGUCUGCAUCAUUAUUCAUGUGAAUGCCUUUUUCCAGCUACCUGCACUACGUAUCAGACCUGGGGAACGGAGCUCACCUGAUCAAGGGCAACUCCAACAAGCCCCUGAAUGAUAACCACUGGCACAACGUCAUGAUUUCACGAGACACUAACAACCUCCACACCGUCAAGAUCGACACCAAGAUCACCACCCAGACCACCAUGGGAGCCAAGAACCUGGACCUGAAGGGUAGGCUGCCCGGGGCGGAGGGUUUAUGUUCUAAACAUACUUUAUACUCUGACGGAGGGUGGCACUAUUGUUAUUGCGUUGGGGUACAGUGUCUCAGAGGAGCCAAUUGACUGUUACUGGUCUGCUGUUUGAUAGGGCUAGUGUGUGUCUUUCAAAGAAGAUCAGAGGAGAGUAAAAUCAAUGUUACAUUGAGCUGUGAAGUAUCCUAUCAAUGGAAUUUCUGUAUCACAAGGCCCAUCAUUAUAUAUAUAUGUAUUUUUUUUUAUACGGGAACAGAUGCAUAUUUCAAGGAAUAUUCUCAGUUCUAGACUAGAAGCAUUACACUGUGCCUGUAUACAGUUUUUAUCAGUAGCUAUUUUUCUCCACCAGGGGUCAGUGAUUCCAUACUAGUCUACUAUGUUUUAUUGAACAGCAAAACAUUCAUUUUCCUGUUCUCUACCUUUGUCAUUCUGAAUAGCAGAAGUCGUGCAGGCUGUAUUAUAGACACAGUUAUCACCUCAUCAGUGACAUAUUAACCCUUCCUGUCUGUUCGUCUGCCCCCUCAUAACUACUUACUUAAUCCUCUUCAUUCCUAUGAAAAAUAUAAGCCUUCAAUGAGAGAGCACCACUGUUGCCUAUCCGCUGCUUGUCUGGAGAUUGGGUUCCUUGACAGGCCACUAUCCUUCAUCUUUUUCCUACCCCUUCCUUCACAGGUGACCUGUAUAUUGGUGGCGUGGCCAAAGAGACAUACAAGGAACUUCCCAAGCUGGUGCACGCCAAGGAGGGCUUCCAGGGUUGCCUAGCGUCGGUGGACCUGAACGGACGCCUCCCGGACCUGAUGUCGGACGCCCUGGCAUGUGUCGGCCAGAUAGAGAGGGGCUGCGAAGGUAAACACACACACACACACACACUAGGGUGGCCCGUCCUCUUCUGGCUGUUCCGGGUAGAAAUUAAGUGAUAACAUACUCUAAGUCAAAUCAAAUCAUAGUCAAAUCAAAGUUUGUGAUCAAAUCGGAGUUGUUCUUACUGUGACAUUGUGAAUGUUUUCCUCUCAGUCAUUUUUAUUUUCUGUGCCUGGACCACACAUGGUUUUAAAAUACAGACAAACAACUUGAGAGUUUUUCCAAAUCUGAUUUGACAUCGGUGACCUCUCCUCUAAGAUGCCUUCCUCAGAGCAAGGCCUCUUUGCUGGUUGCAAAUUGAGGAAACGAAGACACUAACUUGUCUGAAAUAAAAUGGUGAAUUUCACCUUCUAGAAUCCAGCCUUCCAAAGUGGAAUGGUCACACAUGAUUAGGAUAGUCCCAUAUAGAUGAUCUACAGAUGGUCAUACUAUCAACAAACUUUCUCAAUUGAAGUGCCUGUGAACGAACCAUUUUCUUUCCACACACCAGAAACACACUCUUGCUGCUACUUCUGGCCUUUCUUCACGGCUUCACACUCUUUUCCAUCAGCCUCUCACCUAACUCAUUAACAGACCGUUCAUUCACUUCUCAAUGAUGUGAACAGUUUUUCCCUUGUUUGUCCACAGUCCAGGUGUCUGCUCACCUGUACGCACACACGCCCACCCGCACACACACACACACCCGCACACACACACACACACACACAUACACACACACACACACACACACACACAUUAUCAAUACCCUUUGGCACAUAAUUUACCAUGUUAACAUCCUGAUAGUAUGUUGGUAUGCUGUUAGAAUACGUCAAAAGCUGCCAGUCCUCUACCCUCGUCAGUUGUGAUUAUUUUGGCUACAGUAUAAUCAGAUUACUGUCGCUAACAACAUUUGUAUUGUUAGUGUUACUUCUCAUUUUAUCCCCAUUCUGCUGCUCUGCUCCGCACACACACACACACACACACACACACACACACACACACACACACACACACACACACUGUGUUCCGUGCAUGCUUAAUCUGAGUGUUUGCCAGAAGCAAUCCUCUUGAAUUAUGGAUGAGAAUUUUGUUGCAUAAAUGAAUAUAAUUUGGCUAAUGUGUGCAUCCCAAAUGGCACCCUAUCCCCCUUAUAGUGCACUACUUCUCACCAGGCCCCAUAGGGCUCUGGUCAAAAGUAGUGCACUAUAUAGGGAAUAGGGUGCCAUUUGGACGCACGGUUAGCAUUGUGUUUGCACCACUUCCAAAGUAAAUAUUUGAUGUAUUUGUCAACGUCAUUCUCACUUCGGUUUUCAUUUCACAUUUCAAAAUGUCAUCCUCCUCCACUCUUUCUCUGUUCUAUUUUUCCAUGUAAGGACAAUGCUAUGACACAUAUGUAUUUUUUUCUCUCUGUGUUUUGACGUCAUCAUUCUUUUUUUUGUACCCAGUAAGCUCGUGUAGCUUGGUAAACUGUUCCACAGAACUGCAGCAGAUAAAAAUAAUUAAGGAUAAUACAGUUAGAAUAUUCUGCAGCAGAGUACAGGAUAAUACAGUUAUAAUAUUCUGCAGCAGAGUACAGGAUAAUACAGUUAGAAUAUUCCGCAGCAGAGUACAGGAUAAUACAGUUAUAAUAUUCUGUAGCAGAGUACAGGAUAAUACAGUUAAAAAUUCUGCAGCAGAGUACGGGAUAAUACUUAAGUGAUAAUGCCAGAGAAGCCGGUGUUUCGAUGAUAUAUUGGCACGGGUGUUGUUAGGCCCGAGAUGAAGUCUUUGAAUAUGUUGGGUUACCAACAUAUUCAAAUCAUGAUUUACAUAUUUUCAUUCAAAACAAUAUUUUGAUUAAUUUAUUCAUACUAUUUAAUCCUUCCACAAGAUAUAGUCCCGACACAAAUCUAGGGUUGCUACCCAAGCCGGCUGGUCAUCAGUUCGGUUGCCAGAGAUGCGACACAGUCAUUCAGUCUUUUUGUUCUGUAUCUAUGGACGCAACCUAGUCAUUUGUUCUAAAUGUUCCAUUGCCAUACUGGCUGGCAACGUCCUUAUCCCUUGCUUGCUAGCUAACCAAUUACAGCUUACUUACAGUCACGUCAAUCAGUGCAGCCAGAAUAACAGCAAAAUAGCUGCAUUUGCGUUUGUUUAAGCUGUUUUCUAGAUACAUUUAUUUGUAUACUUCCAUAACAAUGAGCUAAUGAUGCGCGAUUUCGCCUGGCAUAGAAAAUGUGCUCUCUCAUCAGGACACUUGUUCAGAGGAGCUAGCCAACAACACAGCUAAAACAAUCACUUCAAACUGAAGCUGGAAAGACAGCAAACUAGCUGCACUUCGUUUCGUUUUACCUGUUUUCUAAUGAUAGUUAUUUGUAUAUAUCCAUAAAAAUUAUGCUGAUUCAUGAUUUCGACUGGCUGAGAAUAGCUGCCUGCCUCUCUCUCACCCCGACUCCUGAAACUUUCAUUACUAUGGAACAUCUGGAGAUUGAAUUUGAAUAUUGAAACAAUGUUGCAAAUGUCGGAGAGACAGACAUCAAGGUUUAUACAAAUCUCCGCUGUUGAAAACUUAAUGUUAGUCUAAAAGAAAUGUGAGAUAAUGUCUAAAUGCUUUUUAUAGUGGAAAACAAGUUUAUAAAUUGCCUGGCUGGGCUGAUGAGACAGUGGAUUGCGCAGUCAGAUGGAACAGAGUAAAUAGGUAUUUUAAUGUCAUAUAUUUAGCCGUUGGUAACUUAUGGAAUAGACACCGGCUGGAAUGCGGUUUUAACCAGUCAGUAUUCAGGAUUAGACCCACCUGUUAUAAUAGUCUGCAAAGGAAGAUACACAAUAGGAACAGACACAACACACAUUAUGGACAAUUCAGUGUCGGUGUGAGUGACUGAGUGACUGAGUGACUAAGAAGGGACAGUAUGUGAUUGUAUGAUGUUUUUUUAUAUUUAUUAUUAUUAUUAUUUGUAUUUUAUUUAAAUAUUAACCCCCCCCCCCCCCCCCCCCCCCCCUCCCUCGGAGCGCACAAAUAUUUUGUUUUUGUUUUUACAGCUUUUUUGCUACAUAUACAUACAUUUUACAUAUCACACUUUACAUAUACAUUUGACAUACAUGGUACUUUUAUAUACAGCAAUUCAAUCACAUAGCAAUAAUACAUUACCCGAACAUGUGAUUGCAUGACUACUAAAAGUACAUUUCCACUGCUUCCUUCACCUCAAAGAACCAUUCAAAAGUAUCCACUUCUAACGACCAUACAUUCUCUUGCUUUUAUUCUUCUCUCUUUUAUAUUUCCGACUCAUUCAAGGCUAUUUCUUGACUGAAGUGUUUCGCAAAAUCAUUCAGUACUCUCUCUCCUUUCUGCUUCCUCCUACAGGACAUAGUUGUCUCUUUUGUUACUUUGUCUCUGUUGUCUCUCCGUCUUCUCCUGCCUCUAUCUGUUUCUCUCUGUUAAUACAGUCUCUGACAACAUUUCAGUGCUUUACUAACAUCUGGUAUAUUUGACCUUUUCCUUUUCUUAUUGUUUCGCUGACUUGAUCAAGUUGCAUUGAUGAAAGCUGACUUGCAAGGUAGAUAGCUUCUGUUUGUUUGAUACAGACCGCCCCAACCCUCCACAACCCCCCCGACCCUCCACAACCACCACUUCCACCUCUCUUCACAUCCUCACCCCUCCAACUAAAUGACAACUCAGGGUGUUACAUCACUCACUCCCAUGUCAUAAGGAAUGGGCUUCAGCCCCAUAGGGGAAUACAAGGCUCACUCACCUGCCCAAUCCUAAACCGACCCCUAGAUCCUGUACCUCUAAGAGGAUUUGACAGGUGUAAGCAACAUAUAAAUAGCUCCACCUUGCCCUCUGAUAGGUUAGGUGGAAGUUUCACCAAGUUUCUUAUACCAAUUAAAUGCUCUCGGAUAUCCACAAGUGCAUAGAGCAUAGGGUCUAGGGGACGAUUUGGAAUUGGACCACCACCACCAUCUUGUAUGACAGCCUAUGGGUCUCUUGUUAUUGUCUCGCAGUCACUUAUGUUGUACUCACUUUACUUAUAGUUUAUUGUAUUCACUGGACUCAUGUCUGUUUUGUCACAUAUGAUCUAUCACAUAUGGUAUACAUUUUAUAUACCAUUAUUUUAUUGCAUGGCUCAUAGUCUUCCUAACAUAAUAUACAUGUUGCCCACUGUAUGCAUGGAAUUGCACCAAAUCUAUAGAUCAUUGUGCAAUUUUGAAUCAAAAUAGAUGGGGUAACUAUAGCUACCUCAUGUUUGUAAGAUGGCAACCCUUGUUACCUGUGUUGUGUGUCAAAUUGUACUUUUCUUAUCAGUGUAAAUACUAUUAUUUCAAUACUAUAUUUGUUUUAUUCAGUACAGUUUUUAUUGAUGUUGUAUAUGGGGCAAUAGGAUGAAAACAUAUAUGUAAGUGCUAAUUCACAAAGCAUCAUUCAUAAUAAUAAAUGUUUUUAAUUGAACAAAUAAAUGAAUAAAUAACCAUAAUUAAAUUGAAUAAUAAUCAUUACAACUCAGUCACUACAUCCACAACCACUAAAACUAAUAAAAGUUACAAAAAAUUAGCAUUUUCAUUAAGACACUGUCAGCCUAAUAUACAAUAGCAUUAGAGGAGAAAGUAAAAGGUUAUAAUAUUUUAACUUCAUACUUUUGAGAACUAAAAUAUGCAGUAGUGCAUUAUCUAAUAGUCAUACAUAACUUGUAAUUCACCAUAAUCACCAUUGUAACAACAUGUAUCAUAAUCCAAGAUAAUCUCAUUCAUAAUCUCAGCAUAGAAAAUUGAACCUUGCUACACAACUCUGGUUAACAUCCAUACUAACCCUGUGUCAUUCCACUGGCAUUAACUCUCCCAUUAACACAGCCUACAGAGGGGCUGACUGACAUGGCUGACAGACUACAUAGCAGACUGGCGGACAGCUUGGCAGACAGAUGACAUGGCAGACUGGCUGAC